AGUGGAUCUGAAGCAUUACAGCAGGCCCGCGCCAAAUUUGGAUCCAGUGUAGCUGUGGCUAGGUCAAAGUUCACUGCCAAGGACGACAAACAGCAGGCACUCCCUGAUGCACAAAAAACAGAGAACACUAGUCAAGUGGGAGGAACCAUUAAAGAGGCUCUUACCAAAGAUCAAAGUUCACAGGAUAGGAAUAAAGGGUCUGAGGCUGCUACAGAGGAGAGAGUCAGAGAGCAAAACUUGAGCAUUUCAGGUGCCAAGGAGAUGUCAGCAUCAAGGGACAGGAAGGACUUGGAAUUGGACUUACAGCCCAAAAGGCAGACACCUGUCAAGGAUGGAAAUCUGGAGGACAUCCGGGAAGAGGCAGAAGACUUGGAGCAGGAUCCGUUGGAGCUUCUGAGCAAAGGGGACCUGCGAUAUGACCCUUACAUGGACGCGUCUUCGGAGACGGGAACCUCUUUCACCCCUAUUUACCCCUCCUCCUCCACGUCGUCACUGGCUGCUUACUCCUCCGUCACCCCGACAACUGAAGGCAGUGACUUGGAACAGGAGCUAGUCAAUGUGUCGGAUUCUGAAGGGUACCUGACACUUCCCUCUGAGGAGGAUGCAGACUCGCACACUCCCAUCGCUGUGGAGGAGGAUGCUGUCAUUGGAAAGAAGACCAGCCGGCCUAAAUUCUUCUUGUCCUCGCAAGUGUCUGUGACAUCGGUUAAGUCCAGUGACAGUGACACGGCUGGUAAGCGUACAAGUGCCAGUAGGAACAGCAGAAAGGACAUAGAGGAUGAGGAGGAUGUUCUGAUGCUUCUGAGUAGGGGAGACGUCCCAGCUGGUGAAGCCCUUAAGAACCAGCUUGCCGUUGUUGACAAGGAGCAAGAUGAAGUGUCUUGGCUUAGUGAGGGGGACACCAGAUGCUCGUCUUCCGAACUGGACAACACAUUCACUGGUGAAGAUGACCUACCACCCAAGGUAAUGCCAAAUGAGGAAGAGGCAAAUAGGGUCAUGAAAAAAGAGGGGGGUCAUCCAACUGGUAGCAUUGGUCUCAAGUAUACUCAUUUCCAGAAUAAAGAACCUCCGAGAAAAGAACAACAAGGACAGGAUGAUGAAGAAGAUCUGAUGGCAUUACUCAGUCAGGGGUGUCUAGAAUUUGCUCCUGGAAAAGACCACCCAGUAGCAGAAUCCUCUCCUACUGGUUCAGACACUGAAGCAGAUGUGUCUGAGAUAGUCUGUGAUUCUGAUGUGGAGAACUUGGCUGACGAUAUGAAUUCAUCUGAGUUACCGAGUGAUGAGAAGUUUGUGCAGACGUACUACGAGUCACCUGCCAAGUGCGGUAAAGCCGGAUCACUGUCAAGCUCUCAGAAGGUGGCCAGGACCACUUACAUCAAGAAGGAUGGGGUCACAGGUACACAUGAUCCUAGAUCAAUCCCAGAGACUCAUCAAAAAGAUGAAGAAGAUGAGCUAAUGGCACUACUUAGUGGUGGACUCCCUGGUGAAGCAAAACACCCUCUUCAGGAUGGAAAUAGAGAUGCAGCUGAAGGCUCUGAUUCCAAAAAAACUAGAGGUAAAGCAACAGAGGAGAAGAGGAAAUCUGCAGCCACACAGGAUGAGGAAGACGAGGACAUUUUAUCUAUGCUGAGUCAGGGGUUUAGUCAGGGAUUCACUGCAGCCUCAGCUCCAAAAUCCAAGGAGGUCAGCAAGAAGGAUAACGAGAGGAAAAAGGUCCAAGUUUCCAACAAGGAUGAGGACAAGGAUGAGGACGAGGAUCUCUUAGCUAUGCUUAGUUGGGGAUAUGAGCCUGUGCCCUUAGAUGCUCACAAAAGCAAGAUUAGCAAAGGAAGAGCAUCGAAGGAUGCAGCCUCAAAGGGAGACGAAGAGGAUGACUUAAUGUCGAUUCUGAGUCAAAGUGUUGCUCCUCCCACCCCUGAGCCAGAAGGUAGGCAGAGUGAUUCAGCCUCCAAGAUGCACAUCAACCAACAAGAGGUGGUUCAUGACAACAGGGAGGAGCACAAAGCAGACAAAAAGACCAGAAGACGGGAGGACGAUGAGGAAGAUGUCCUAGCCAUGUUGAGCAGGGGCAUCCCUGGACCUUCGGAAGAAGAGCUGAACAGGAAUCAGAAUGCUUCUCAGUCAUUCCAUCGGAGAUUUCGGGAAGUGCAAGAAGACGAGGGAUCAAGCAAGACAAAAGAAGUGAAACCGAUACAGAGGACAGUAGAGGACAAAAGUCCGAGCUUUGGUGAGGAGCUCAGCACACCUCAUUGGCGGCCAGAAACUGAUAGACCCAAAUUUCGUAUCCGGAGUACAUACACAGAUCCACCUGGGCCUGUCUACACGCCUAGAAACAAGAGGUCAAGUGCUAGUCGGCGGACAAGCACCUCAUCCACCAGUCCAUGGUCAGCCCAUAGCACUGAUACAAUCUUCAGCCCAUACAAGACGUUUUCACCUUCUCCUCUGCUCUAUGGCAAGGAUGAGUCUGCCAGCAAGUGGCUCAAUCGAGCCAACCCUCAGCCAAUUCAGUUACCUAGUGGUAACAGGUCUUUGCAACGCUUGGACAGGCCCCGAAAGUCUUCACAGUCGGUCACUUCUGAGCCCGGAGCCAGUCCCGUCACCAAGCAACCAGAAGCCACGAGAAGCAGGAUCUUUGACUUAUCAUUGGAGGAUGAUGUGUUUGGCGAGGUCAAAUCUGACCAACCGGCAGUCAGUACCGAGGAUGCUACAAAACCCUCAGAGCCAGUAACAAGACCUUCCAGAAUAGAGCCCCCUGACACAAGCGCAGCGCAUCAGCCGACUGAGGAGGAAGAGCUUCUUCGUCUUCUCAGUGGUGGUGAUGCCAAGCCUCCAACUCCAACCCCUGAAAGCCCAGCCCCUUCCUGCCAUCGCAAACCCUCCACACCCUCCUACAAGUCCACCCCCACCCCUGAUACCACCAGGCAUUGCGCCGACUCUCAUAGACCCUCUUACAAAUCCUCCACCUCUGGGAGAGAGUCCAGACACCUCCCAUCUUCUUAUCCCUCCCCGUCUUCCUCCUCCUCCUACAAACCAUCCUCCCGCCUCCCUUCUGCAACAUCUUCUGUCUCAUCUCCUUACUCUUCAAGUGAUACCCCUUCCUACACUCGCUGGAUUGACCGGCAUAAUGCAAGAUACGCCACGUGUCUGAGUGAUGAUAAAGAUAGGAAACCUGUCCAGAGAGAGAUGGCAGAAGCCAGGCCUGAUGAAGGUCAUGAAAUACUGCCCUCCAGGACUAGACCUGUAGACACCACGCCCACGAGAACAAAACCGAGCGUAGAUGCCAUGCCUAGCAGGGUCAGACCAUCCGAGGAAGACUCGCAAACGAGGACACGAUCUACCAAAAGUGUCGACACCCCAUCUAGGAGGCGGCAUGGACGGGACUCCACCUCUACCCCUGAGACUCCCACUUCAGUCUCCGCCCCUUCAACUACUCCCACCAGCUCAACUUCUCCUGCUGAGACUGAUUACAUUACAGAGAGGAGGCGAAGGCGGAGAGAAAGAGAAGCCCAGAGGGCAGCAGAGGCAGAGGCUGCCGAAAAGCUUGCCGCAACUUUACCACGAAACUUCAAACCUCCAGACGCCAGCACUCCACUGACCACCACCGAGUACGUGUCCCAUCGGAGGAGACACCGGGAGGACAAACCUGAAGAAACAGUUUCAACCACUGUCACAGCCAGAAAACCAGUUGAGGUAACCUCGCCGCCUGCCAUUGAAAAUGGAGAGGUCAGUUCUUACAGAAGACGCCGCCGUCGCUCGUCAACAAAAGGCGACAAAUCGCCGACGGAGACAUUCACAGUUACUCUGCCCAGUAGAAAACACCAGCAUAGAGAACAAAAUGAAGACCAAGAGUCCAAAGAUGAUGAGGAGGUCAAACCACUCUUGCCUCCUGACUAUCUGCAGAGUGGCAUUGCAGCUCGGAGGAAACUCCGACAAGAGCAACGGGAAAAAGAAAUGAGGGAAAAAGAGUUGAAGGAAAAAGAAAUGAAGGAGGAAGAGGAGAGAAAGCGUGAGGCAGCAGCCAGACAGAGACCGGUACCUGUCAUCCUCGAGCCAUCCCCUUCGUUAAGUGAAGAAGAGAGCAGAGGUCAGAGGUCGGAACAGAAGGUUACCGCUUUGACCAAUGGCGACUCAUCGGGUCUAGAUAUUGUCACAUCAGAGGCAUCCAGGACAUCAAGUCCAGAAAGGAGCACAACCUCAGAUGACACUGUCAUGGAGAAGAAGGCAGAACCAGCAAGGAUUAGCAAUCACUCUGAACCCUCGUCGGAAAAAUCUCUGCCACCAGCUGACUCCUCAGGAAAACCCACCUCCAAGGGGGACAAGGAACCGCUGCGUUUGAAAAUUGACAGGGAGGGGGUCGGGACUACCCUGGAAGGGGGUGGUACGGUGGUCAAGGCAGAGGAGGAGACACAAAAGGGGCAUCAGGAACCCCCAAUGAGUGCUGGAUUAACCAACAACAAGCGCUACCAGCUGGAAAUGAUGUACGCCAACCGGAACAGUCAAGAUGAGGCGGCACUGGGCAGCCCCUCACGGAAGCUGUCCACAAGCCUCCAGAACCAUGAGACCAUCACCAAGAGGAUCGAAAAGCUGACCAAGGAGCCAGAGGAUGAGGACGAGGGGUUGACGAUGGCAGCACCCAGGGAAGUGGAAGUUGCCGAGGGGACAGUGCAAUCAGUCCAGGAGAAGUUGCAAUCCCCCCAGGGGCCUGCCACGUCGCCGGCUGACCAGAAGAAGCCCACCGGCCCCACAGGGGACAGGACAGGGGUCAUCAACCAAGCCAAACAAGGCUUGAAGCCCAUCAGCCUCCCCGUCAAGCAGCCUGGGGCGGGUGUGGCUGGCAAGGCAGACACGCCCAGUCCAGAGGUCCAGCGGGAGGUGGAAUGGCAGGAGCUGCUGCGAAAGAACAACAGGGAGCUGCGCCUCGGUGGCUGGGACUUCACAGACCUCUCCACCAGGGACGACAAGAACGUCUACACGGUGACCAACGCGUUUGGAGUGGGCGGGGUGGUGCCACCCCCUCCCCCUCCGCCCAUGGGCGGGGUCAUUGCUCCACCUCCCCCGGCUCCACCGAUUCCGCCCAUGGUGCCGGGACAUUAUGGGACCCUUCCCCCGCCCCCUCCACCAGUUUCAAAGACCAUCAGUGACGGUUACAACACCUACCCGCCCAAGAAGAAGAAAACAGUGCGGCUGUUCUGGAAGGAAACGCGACUAGACAGACUCUCCAUGUAUGGCAGGAACGACCCCAAGGACACCAUCUGGGGGAGCCUCGGGGAGGUCAAGAUCGAUAAGAGGAAGCUGGAGCAUCUCUUUGAGUCCAAGGCUAAAGACGUACUCCAGAAGGACCAGAAAAUCCUUGAGGCAGGGAAGAAGCAUGUGAUAUUAGUGUUGGACGCCAAGCGGUCCAAUCACAUCAACAUCGCACUGACCGCCCUGCCCCAUCCAAACACCAUCAAGCAGGCCAUCCUGAAGAUGGAUGGCACGGCAGUCAAUAAGGAAGGAAUUGAGAAACUUUUGACCAUGGUGCCGACGGAGGAGGAGUGCAACUUGAUCAAGGAGUCCACCUUGUUGAACCCAGACAUCCCUCUGGGCUCCGCUGAGCAGUUCCUACACAUGCUGUCCAACAUCACCGUACUGAAGGCCCGGCUCAACCUCUGGCUCUUCAAGAUGGACUAUGAGUCUAUGGAAGAGGAAGUUGCUGAGCCACUGGCCGAGCUCAAGAAGGGCAUUGAAGACCUCAAGAACAACAAAACAUUCCGCCACAUCUUGUCGAUGCUGCUUGCCGUAGGGAACUUCCUGAAUGGUGCUGAGAUACAAGGUUUCCACAUAGACUACCUUGCCAAGGUACCCGACAUCAAGGACACAGUCCACAAGCAGUCCCUGCUCUACCACUUGUGCAGUAUGGUCAUCGAGCAGUUCCCUGACAGCACCGAUCUCUUCUCGGAGCUGGCCUCCAUCAGCAGAUGUGCAAAGGUUGACUUUGAGGUGCUGGACACCAACCUUCAGAAGAUGGACGAGCAGUGCAAAGCAUCAUGGGAGCAUCUACGCACCAUCAACAAGCACGACAGCCAUUCAUCCUUAAAAAACAAGUUACAAGAUUUUCUAAUAGACUGUUCUCAGAGAAUCAUAGUCCUAAAAAUUGUCCAUAGAAGAGUCCUCAACAGAUUUAAUGAGCUACUUCUCUACCUGGGCAUGACUGCCUCGGCCGCCCGGGAGCUGAAGAUCACCGAGUUCUGCAAGAUUAUCAGCGAGUUUGCCUUGGAGUAUCGGACCACACGGGAGCGGGUGCUGGAACAGGAGCGUAAGAAGGCCAACCACCGCAAGCGGGCCAUGACGCGGGGGAAGAUGAUCACCGAGAAUCUGACCCUGAGCCAAGACAAGGAGGAGGAUGCGAAGCUGAAGGCCCUCCUCAAGAAUCACGUUGGCACCACACCCGGUGAUGAAACUCUAAAGGCUCGCACGCGGAAUCGGCCUUGUCUGGCUCGGCAGGGCGGAGUGGAUUUAGAGAAUGAGGUAGACAGUGAUAAUCCUGGUGCUGAUUCACCUUACGACGACAUAGAUACAGCCAUGAGUGCCAGCACGUCCAACAUGGAAGACGUCGGUGAUGAACAGACAGACGAAAUGCUACAGAUCCUGGUCAACACGGCCAAGAACACCAAGACACGCAACACGCCAAGGGAGAGGAAGCGCGGAAGGACAAAUCGCAAAUCACUGCGGCGGACACUUAAAGGCGGGACAGGUCUUACGGAGGCCGAGAGCCGAGCCCUUGGUCUGCACCCAUCCUCCAAGACUGUUGAUGUUUGACAGAGUAGCAGAGACCCCUAUCAUCAGUGUCAUUACCCUGCCUGAACAAAAGAAAGCAACCCAAAAAAAACCCUAAAAGACCCUGUCAAUUUGAGACGACAGUAUGUUGGGGGAACCAGCAACAUUGACCGUCACUUCCAUUAGUGCUGCAAAGCCCGGCCUCAAGAAGGUAGAAGUGGUCACUGCAGCGUCUGGUAUCCGGACAGUGCGUUGGGACUAUUGCCCCUCACCAGACUUUCCCUGCAGUGGCAGAUGUCUAUUCAUGCGACAGACACAGUUUGAAGGAGAGACACAGACAACGGGUAGUGCCUUAUCGUAAGCAACCGUAUAUGCAAAAACCAAAUUUCAAGUGCAAAACAAAAAAUCUGUGAGUGCCAUUAGUGCAAGUUUCAUAUGCUUUCUAUAAUACAAUUUUCAUUCAUUGCACAAGUACAAGUGUGUUAUAUUUUUUGUGGAAACAUACGUGUCUACAUGAAGCAUUCAGUGUACCAGUGUCUUUUUAAUAUGUUUUCUGUUCACACUCCCCUAUGAAAGACUUUUUGGCCCAGUCAGGCAUAACUGCAUUUUUACACCUGCUUUUAAUAUACAUGAAAUUUUAAAGUAAUACUAUGGUAGGACCGAUCCCAAAGCUACAGUCAUUUGCAAAAGUUGAAGACCACCUGGAGUGCUAUUGUAUUCUUGUCACUGGGCCUGCAUUACACUGUCUCAUGGAAUACUUAACGUAUUUGACAAUGGUGCAUAGCAUCGCUGUAGUGUUAUAUACCCAUUCGAAUGAAAUGUUUUGCAAAGGCAGGUCUUGUAUGACAUUUUGUUUGUAAGGCAGCAUGGGUAAAAAAGCCAGUCUAAGUCAUCAGAAAUAAAGGAGGGCACACUAAAUAUUAGUCUGAAAUUAUGGAAUGUAGUCAAAUAACUGUUUAACCUCUUUUAAAAGGUUACACAUUGAAAAUAAGUAUAAGUUGCCAUGAAUGAUUGGUUGAAGUUUGGUUUUUCUUCAGGUGAAUGCAUUUGGUAUGGAUGGUCCUAAACUCUUGCAAAUGACUGUAUUAGUUACAGUAAUGUUUAUGUGAAAUCUCUACUUUUGCUAGUAGUUCACAUUUCGCUGACAUAGUUUUAGGUAUUAAGGUAUCGAUUCAUACAGAAGUUUUUAAUCAUUUACUUAAAAGAUGACAAACAGACACAAAACACUAAGCAAAUGAGUCUUGUAAGUCUCAAAGACAUGACUCUUAAAAUUAAUUGCUAAAACUUCCCGCUAGAUGUAGAGUGCCAUAAUUUCUGCAGGCUUGUCAGUUAAAUAAAACCGUCUCACAUUCGUACAUAUUAAAUCCAUCUUCCAGGGAUUCCCGAUACUUCAGACCAGAUCUAAUAAUCAGGUAGUUAGAAGUAAUUGGAGAUAACAUAUAACUUAGAACCUGACCCCACUUUUACUAAUUAUGGAAGACAUUGAGAAAAACUUGUGACAUGUGAAAGAUAUAUAUUCUUGGGUGCCUCUUGGCUGAGUUUGCCAACACUUACAGCCAUAUUUAGAGGAAAGUAGGUUUCUGAAGCAAAUGUGUACAUGUGUACAUGUGUCUAACUCUAGGUCGCAAAAAGCAGCCAAAUUUAACUUAAAUAUGAACUUUUAAAAACUUAACAUAAAAUAUAAUUGUCAUUUUACUGUUAUUGUAUAUAAGAUUUGAGUUUUACUGUGCCUUUUUUCAAAUUGUAAAGGACAAUCACAUUUAUCCCUCCUCUUCCAAAUGAGUUUUAAUGAUUUUAGAAGAAAACAGCUUUGCUGUUUUUUCUUUUGUUUUUACUUUACAACCCAAGUUUUUUAAUGUUUCACUUUGUCCAAAGUGUUCUGCUAUACAAAUUGUUGUAUUUCUGGAAAACAAGUAGCAGACACUAACAUGUAGUAUUGAUUUACCCAGGAUUCAAUCGUCACAAUAAGUAUAUCUUGCGCCACGGAUGUAUCAUCUUUACCUAGUCUGGAAGGAUGAUCAACAGAGAGUAUUUUCUUGUGUCAGCGAUUCAGUGCGAGAUGUUUACAACUUGAGGGCCUUUCAGUCUUUAGCACAAAGAGACAAAAUGGGAAGAAAUACCCCUGACAGCAAAAUAUGAUAGAGUUACAUCGGGGCUUUGAAAGGGGGGCUAUUCAGAAAUGCCUCAUUGUACCGCAUGUGUUUAAUGACGUCAAUGAUUCCACUACUUCGUUUAAGGGAUGGUUUCUACAUUACAGGGACUGUCAAGGGUUGGGCAUUAUAUGCAUUGUCUGGGGGGUCUGUGCUGUGUGGGUGGGGUGGGUAAAUCGAUAAUCGCACUAAGCCCCCUUGGGUAUUGUGAGUUUUUCUAAGUGCAUUGUGCUGCCGCAGAGUGCGCGCAGACAGCCGUUGUGUUUGCCGGCCAGCACAAGAGAGUUUACUUCCCCGUUGGCCAGAAUCGAUACAGCCAGACGGGUAGUUCAAGGUGGACCUGUUAAAGGGGCAGGGCUGACCAAUAUUUUGGUGUUCUGCAUAACCACUCAACUGUUCAGUGCAUUACUUACUGCAUAACAGUGCUGCUGCUGUCAUGUAUCUCUUUUGUGGAUGCACUGAAGAGGGUGCUGUCAUGAUGUCAUGUCUCAAAUCAACGGAAUUUGUGUACUUCUUCUUACUUACCAGUGUCGGACCUAUUUCAUUAACUUACGACUGUUUCAAAUGUGUUGGCUUUUAUCCUGCCAGAAAAGUAGACUCUCUAACUUGUCAAUGCAUGUGUUGACAAAUCUGUGCUUAAAUUGUCCUUGGUAACUCUAGCAAGGGUUAGACGAGAAGUAAGGAAGUCACUGACCUUCUUUUAAAGUCAAACUGGAGAUGUAAACUCUCAUUCAGUGUCUACAAACCGCCGUAGUUUAAUGCGAAUCCUUAUGGGGAAAAAGUUUUUUGUUUCACCGUAACCUGAAUUGUGUUUAACAAUUUGACCCGUAGUGCAAAUGUGUGGUUGGAAGCUAACAAUAUUUCCCCAGUUAACCAUGUUAUUUGUGCACUGUCAUGGCUUUAUUGUGGGCAUGAACUAGCUUUUUGUAAUAUUUGAGAAUGGUAUUUUUUGUAGAAGAUUUUUAUAUAAUCACAAGUAAACAGUAUUGAUUGUGUGACUUUGUGUUUAGAAG